GUGUACUGACUAGUUGCGGGAGUGGUAGCUGCGAGUAAAGUGUCGUUGUUUAAAAUUAGGUUUUUUUCCUCUCUUUUUAACAUAAAAUAAGUGAUGUUACGAAUGUUUUUAUAAUAAUUAUGUGCUGUGAUUUUCAAACUUAAAGAACAAUGUUUCGCUGUAUACCCAUAUUUAAGGGUUGCAACAGACAAGUUGAAUUUGUUGAUAAAAGACACUGUUCACUUCCAACGGUUCCAGAGGAUAUUUUACGCUACUCCAGAAGUUUAGAGGAACUUUUAUUAGAUGCUAAUCACAUACGGGAUCUUCCAAAGAACUUCUUCCGUUUACAUCGUCUUCGAAAGUUGGGUUUGAGCGAUAACGAGAUAAACAGGCUACCGCCUGAUAUCCAAAAUUUCGAAAACUUAGUGGAACUCGACGUUUCUAGAAAUGACAUCCCAGACAUACCCGAAAGUAUUGGAGCACUGCGAGCUCUUCAGGUGGCAGACUUCAGUUCGAACCCCAUUCCAAGGCUACCGCCUGCUUUCAGUCAGCUACGAGCCCUUACGGUCCUCGGACUCAACGAUAUGUCACUUACUUCAUUACCUGCAGACUUUGGACUGCUAACCUCGCUGACAUCUUUAGAAUUACGCGAAAAUUUACUUAAGGAACUGCCGUCGUCAUUGGCGCAACUAUCUAAAUUGGAACGACUCGAUCUAGGUGAUAAUGAAAUAGAAGAAUUGCCAACCCAUAUAGGGCAGCUACCAGCUUUACAAGAAUUGUGGUUGGAUCACAAUCAAUUACAAAGGCUACCUCCCGAAAUAGGAUAUUUAAAAAACUUAACCUGUUUAGAUUUAUCUGAAAAUAGACUAGAAUCGCUUCCCGAGGAAGUGGCAGGUUUAGAAAGUCUAACGGAUUUACAUUUAUCUCAAAAUGUACUCGAAACGUUACCCGACGGCAUAGGCAAGCUAGAUAAACUUACAAUUUUAAAAGUGGACCAAAAUAGGCUAACCGUAUUAAAUUCUAAUAUAGGAUGUUGUUCUAAUUUACAAGAGUUAAUUUUGACGGAGAAUUUUUUAAGCGAAUUGCCUAAAGAUAUAGGCAGACUAGUUAAACUAACAAACUUAAACGUAGACCGAAAUAGUCUCAUUACAAUUCCAGAAGAGGUGGGAAAUUUACGGGAAUUGGGAGUGUUGAGUUUACGGGACAAUAGACUAAUACUAAUGCCGAAUACGAUAGGAAAAUGUAAACGGCUUCAUGUGUUGGACGUUUCUGGAAAUCGACUGCCGUACUUACCAGUUUCUCUGCUCCAAUUGGCGCUCAAAGCUGUUUGGUUAAGUGAAAAUCAAGCUCAACCUCUUCUAACUUUCCAAACGGAUACGGAUCCUGGUACCGGCGAGACGGUUCUCACGUGUUUCUUACUGCCGCAGCAAGAAUAUCAGCCCACAAUCAUAGCUUCUGAUGGCCGCUUGUACCGUUGUGAUGUCACGCCCACUCUCUCUAACGGAGCUCUGGCCGCAGAUGAUGGUGGCAGCGAUGAAGACUGGGAAGAGAGGGAGGCCAGUCGAACUCAUUCCGUCAAAUUCAGCGAUCCCCAGGACCACGACAAUAGAGAGACGCCUUUCGUGCGACAAAAUACUCCGCAUCCUAAGGAAUUAAAGGCAAAGGCGCACAAGCUCUUUGCAAAGGGACAAAAUUCGCUGGAAGACAGCUACGAACAAAAUUCCGAGCCGUUCAUCGAAGCCAUCAAUCCUGCAAUCGUAUCACCGCCAGAAGUGGAGAAGAACAACAAUUUAACCGAGGAGGUGCAGUUAGGAAAUGGAGCUGAAGAAAGUAGUGAGCCCAGCGCGGACGAAGAUAGUGAGGAGGAACAGGUGAGGAAACAUGUUGGGUUCAUGAAGAACAUAGUUGUUAAUGAUGAACCAGAUGCUUCAAAGCCUAGCCGUUUACAUCGUAGGGAUACUCCCCAUCAUUUGAAGAACAAACGCAUCAUUUCCACGUUUGACAAAGAUAAAGUGGCUUCCAUCAUUGCGCAGGCUUUGAAACGAAAAGAGGAUGACGUCGAUAGAAUGAGUACAUCAACGCCUCCAGAGUCCGUCGGUGAUUGUAGCACCAGUAGUCAAGCGGGAGAAUCGGACGCCACAGUAGAACUGCGUGAAGAAAAAUAUGAAAUUCAUAUACAACGGUCGCGCACAGCCCUUGGUUUGUCAAUCGCAGGCGGUCGAGGAUCUACCCCAUUUAAAGGAGAGGAUGAAGGUAUUUUUAUUUCUCGGGUGACCGAAGGAGGUCCCGCCGAGUUGGCGGGCCUUCGAGUAGGUGACAAAGUGCUUAAAGUGAACGGUGUGUCAGUGUUGGAUGUAAGUCACUACGAAGCGGUAGAGGUGUUAAAAGCGUCCGGAGCGGUACUUGUACUCGAAGUGAGUCGGGAAGUGACCAGGUUAGUUCAGGAACCCGAAGUAAAUAGUGGAACGAAUGUUAAACCGGAACCUCGCAUUCCAUCCCCCUUGCCUACCAACGAUGAGGUGGUGCUUCAUAAGAUACUUAUCCAUACUACGCUUAUUCGUGAUACUAGGGGGUUGGGCUUUAGUAUAGCCGGUGGGAAGGGGUCGCCACCGUUUAAGGCGGAUAACGAUUCGGUUUAUAUUUCGCGUAUUACAGAGGGAGGUGUUGCUCAAAAGGAUGGUAAAUUAGCUGUAGGUGAUCGAGUAGUUUCUAUUAACGGUGUAGAUCUUACAUCUGUGACGCAUGACCAGGCGGUAUCUAUGUUAACUGGUUUAGAACGUUUUGUUAGACUUGUGGUGGAACGUGAAGUUAAUUUGCCACUGGAUAGUCCGCUCCCAUCGCCUGGACCGCAGCAGUCUCCUCGCUUGUUUGGAUUGCCAAAGCCUUAUACGGGCCUAUAUUCCGCAAGCAGUUAUAUGGCUAAUCGACCUAGUUACACUGGAUAUAGAAGAUCUUUGGACAGUGAAAAGAAGGUGAGCGAAACAACACCUACAGAAACCAAAACAAAUGGGCUGGAUCACCACACCAAAGCAGAACCCCCACAACCGGCACCGAGGCGCUUAAACUCUCAAAGUAGCGACACUGUACCGCCACAACCGUCUACCGAAAAGAAACCUACAGACAAUGCGUCCACAUUAACCAAUAAUCACGAAGAAUCAUAUCAGAAGAAAGUUUCGUCCAACACCUCUUUAGAAGGAGACGAUAUUCAGGUACAACCGAAGCCCAUCACAAAUGAGGACUUCCAAGCUAUGAUACCUGACCAUUUUUUAAAUAAACCCCACCACGCUCCCGAGCCUUCUCACUCAGUGACAGUUACUAUCCAUAAACCUGAUCCCAUCGAAUUACCCCCACCGCCAGUGGGACCCGGACGCGUCACCGAAACCAUCACCAAGAGUACCUUCACUGAAACUGUUGUUACUCGCAUCACAGACAAUAAGCUGAACGAGCCUGUUAUCAUCGAGGUAUGCCUGCUGCUGCAUCUUCUCUGCAUGUUAUAACUUGUAUAGGAGUAU